AUGCCAUCUCCUGCGACGCCACAACGUCCCUCCAGUCGUGGAGGACCCGCGAAAACUACGCCAAAGCCGCUGGACAUCGGAGAACCGCUGGGGUUGCACGACACCAACACCGUUCGCUCCAGAGUGCGUAAAUGGCAGCAACAAGGAGGCGGGGUCGUGACGAUCGACGAUCCUUACGCCGACGAGGAAAAUGAUCCAAAAUCAGAUUCGAAGCCAAUCCCGAAGCCGGCGAAAAUCAAGGCGGAGAAGCUGGAGAAGACCUGCAAGGAUAAACCCCCGACUAUGAGAAAGCGCAGUCAUAGCACACCCCGCAAACGAGUCGUGAGCGAUGAACAUUGGAAGCGAACCCGUAACCGAGCCUCUACACAAUCCGCGUCGCGCAACCUGCCCACGCCCAAGCGCAUAUCGGAAUACACCAUAAAUGAUGGGCGAGCUAGGUCGGUACGCGGUAGACAUGACGAUAGUGAAGAUGAUUUGGACAAAGGUCGGCAGAUCCCGCGAUCGCAGGCAAAACGUGGCACUGGGGCGGGGCAUCGAUCACCCACUCGAGACACGAAAUCUGCAAGUGCGCGAAAGAAUGUCGAUACCAUCACUGAGAGCGACUAUGAAACAGAUUAUACCGGGACCGUCGAACCUUCAGAGCUCUCGGAUAGGUUCAAGACGCGCUCGCCUCCCCCAGAGGACGCAUGGGCUUCAAGCGAGGCGGACUUCUCCGAGCUGUCGAGGAGACGCAAGCGCGGCCCAGCAAAGCCUCCAAAAGGUGGGAUAUUCGCACACAUGAUCGACGAGUCCAGGAAAAUGUUUGGGAUACCCGAGCCAGAGCCGCCGAGGCCUACCCCUACUCCAACUACAGGCCGUGGAGCCAAAAUCGAGGCGUGGCUUUCUGAAACACCGGACCCUUUCAUGGACGACGCCGACGCCGGAUCUAAAAGGGAUAUGCCAGCUCCUCUGGAUCUAAAGUCAGGCCGUGCAAGGCGAUCCCAGAGACUUGGAGAGGGAGAACUACCACGUGGAACCGAGUCCGAGCCAUCCACUACUAGCGAGCGGCCAAAGAGUUCCGAGUCUCGCCCAAAGAGCGCCGUGAGUCGGCAGUCCAAGGGACAGGAGGCUGUUACCUUCGCCGGCAAAACACAAGAUUGCGAGAAACCCGCAAACUCUAAGCGAGCAGGCGUCGACAAAACCUCCAGACUAUCUACCAGGAGCAAAGACGACAAUGUCGUUCAGGAAAGGCCUUACCAGGAUAGCCUUGCACCCUCGGAGUCCGAUAUCCAACCAUUUUCUGAUGGUGGCUCUGAAGUCUCGGGGCACAAUGCACCUGUCCCACUUGGUCGCAAGAAACCAUUCCCGACCACUGGCUACCAUCGUUUAUCAACGAUCGCCUCUGCAGAAACAUUGAGCACCACUCUUACCGCAAGGACUGAGCCUUCACCGAACUCUGCCCCUACCGAAAAACGCAAACCUACACUUGCCGAGGAAGCAGAAGAAGCAGAAAAAGAUGACCAAUUUGAUCCAAACUCACUACCUGUGAUUUCCUCACAAUUGAAAAGACGACUUACUACUCACAAUGACCUCAUGUCUGUGCUAUCUGUCUCGGCUUCACGGAGCAGAAGCAUUCGGUCGAAUCGGAGCAUCCGGACUAACAAAAGCCGCCUCGCACACGCAACAGUUGGCGAUUUGCUCCACGAGCUUUCAAAUGACGAAGCGAAGUAUAUGCGUGAGCUGAAAACAUUGGUUGGGGGUGUGAUUCCGGUUCUCCUGACCUGUGUGCUUUCCCGCUCUGACUCGGCCAUUGCUGCAGGCCUGUUCCGGCCGUCAUUAGAUCCUCGUGAUGACCUGAAUUUCUCAAAGCCGAUCGUCAACAUGGGAGUGGCAAUCGAACGUCUCAAGAAUAUGCACAAGCGAAUUCCGCAGGACAACGCGGAUGCAUUGCUUACAUGGGCGCAAGGUGCUCAGAGAGUUUAUCGCGAGUACCUUAAGGCGUGGCGUCUGGGUUUCAAGGACGUCAUUGUUAACCUCGCUCCUCUGGAGGAGGGUGAGGCCACAGACAAUGCCGACACCAAGAGCUUGGAUGAGGGCUUGGAGCGAGACGAAAAUGGCGAUAUCGUUGACAGUAACGGGGAAAAGGUCGAUGUUGCCUAUCUGCUUAAGCGGCCUUUGGUGCGCCUCAAGUACCUGGCAAAGAGUUUCAAGGGCAUCAAUCUCCUGGAGCCAUCCCCCAAAGCCGAAGAGACCGCCACUGCCUAUCAGAGUCUCGUUAUUGACGCCCGGAAACGUGUCCGAGAUGAAAGAGCGAGAUUGGAGGACGAAUCCGCUGCCAGUAUUGACCCGACACGCUCAAGAGACCCGAUGACAUUGGCCGUCCUCCAGGGGAUCACCAUUGACCAGACUCGCCGUGUCCGCGCACGUGAUUUCUUCAAUCUUUCACUGUACCACUCAAGUGGUCAGCUAGUCGAUUGUCGAGCCGAGCUCUUGUAUCGAGAUAAUGCCCCGAGCAAAGGGCCAGGCGGCGAUCUUUUGAUUUGUGAGAUUGACCAUUCAGACCGAUGGCUUCUCUUCCCUCCCAUGGACCUUCGAUGUGUCUCAGCACGCAGGGGGGACUCAAAAUAUGAGAUCGUGAUCAUGCUGCGCAGUGCUCCCGGUGAUCCCACGAAGUACUGGCAGGAAUUGAUAUCGCUCCGCAUUGACGAAGAAGACGUCGGGGCUGAGUGGAUCUCACUGCUCGGGUCUGAUCCUAUCCCGCCCUCCAUCUGUCGAAGCCAAAGCUUCAUCAGCCGCGCCAAACAAAACAAAGCCUGCAAGCCCGUGGGUAAUGUUUCUCCGCCCAGGCCAAACCCCAGGGAUGUUGAUAUCCCCAUUGGCGAGAAGGCUACCAGCAAAAGACGCUCAUUGGACCCCAAAGAGCAGCCGUCUGAGCCAAGUACAGUCGGGUCCUCUGUUGCUGAUUCCAGGAUCUUUUCAUACUCGACCAGCACCCGGGAGAGUGAGUGCACUGCUGGAGAGUCAGAGCUAUCUGCAAGGCCCAUUCGCCCUGACCUCCCUCUCCUUCCUUCUACAAUCUCUAGGAGCUCGCCAGCUAGCGGGGAGAAGUCUUCCACUGGUCUCAAGCGAUCAAAAGCCAAACGACUUUCACGCUUUGGAGAGUCUCCUGCUUCCGAUGUUACCCCUCAGCCAACUGUCGUAACUGAAGAGGCACCCGAACGCAGCGCACCUGCAGUUACUUCACCCCAAACGCCAAGCACCCCAACGCGAGGCAGAUUCUAUGGAGACGAAACUGAUGACUCCGCAAGCAAGCCUUCUCCCAAAGCAAAGUCGCGCUCGAGGAUUCCCCAGCCUCAGAAGACGCCUGUCAAGGAACCCGAGCCGGAAUCCCCCGGGUCUCAUCCGUGCCCUCACAGCCAAACUCACUUGUCUACUCCGACAAGCCUCGGUCCCGAAGAGGAGGAAGACUAUCCUCCACUCGAGAGCCUGCCCACACGGGAACCUCUAGAGACACCGACGAAGACCAGGAGAAGGAAGUCUCGAAGACGGCCAAAGGAUGAUGAUAGCCCUCCGCCCCCUCCACCUCAUCGCUCGCCUAGCCCUGCCAAUGGCAGGCACUCCAAGACUCCGGUGCUCACAUCCACCGGUGGACUUAAGCGACGUGGCUCUUCUCCUCUGAAGCACGAAUAUGAACCCUCUACGGCUUCAGACUACUCUGAGACAGACUCGGAUGCAUCGACAGUGCGUCACUACUCUUACUCAUCCUCUGAAUACUCGAGGUCUGGCGACCUGUCCGAUUCGGAGUACGAUUACUCGUCGAUGUCUGAAGAUGAGGAAUACGACACCCCCAAGCCUAAGGCACCGGACGAGAUAACCGACGCCAGCUCGCUGUCUCCUUCGAAUUCUGCAUCACAGAGUGGAUAUCGUUCUGUGCCGCUGCAACCCACCAAGACUUCCAAAGCUGUCGCGUCCGUGUUUGCCUGGUCGAACAAAAACAAUUGGGAGACCCUGUUUCCUGAAGAAUGUAGCAUCGUCGUCAGUCCUGGUCUGAUCGAGGCCUUUGCAAUGGGCUCUGACCCCAACUGGAACCCCGAUUCCCAAUCCUCGAGACCGCUCAUCUCUCUUGAACUAACACCGCUUGUCCCUAUUCGUCGUGGCACCGCCAUUGACAUCAGCAUCCGCUCUCCUCCCACCCAGCGCUCCCAAAUCACCUCCAGCAACAACAUCAUGUUCCGCUCACGCAGCCCCGACGAAUGUGACGCCUUAUACGGCCUUAUCAACCAAUCCCGAAUCAACAACCCAACCUACAUCGCCCUCCAAAACGCCCGCGGCCCCUUCAACGGCCAUGUUUCAACGUUCGAACAAGCCCCCAAAUCCAGCGGAGGCCUCUUCGGCUGGCCCCGUCGCAGAAAAAGCUACCGCGCCUCCGGCUCCCCGCGCUCCCUCGCCGAGGCCUCCGACAGCAGCGUCGGAACAAUGAGCAGUGCCUUCUCCGCCCUCAAGCGCUUCGGCGCAAGCAGCAAAAUGUUCAACAUCUCCCGCUCAACCGUCGAAUCCCGCACCGGCCGCGAAGGAAGCACAUACUCCGGCUCCGCCGACUCCCGAAACGACCCCUCCCUCAACACAGGCAUCGGCCGCAUCGCAGCAGCAAUCAAGGGCGCAGAUGGCAUCGGCCUCUCAAACGCUAAAAUCCGUCUCUACGCCCGCGAAUCGGCUUCGAAAUGGAGCGAUAUGGGCGCCGCCCGAUUGACUAUUAUGCCUGCGCCUACUAGAACGCCUUCCCGUCCCGGGACGGGUGUCAGUGGGCGUAGCGAUGGCAGUGUGCAGCAGCUUGAGAACGAUGGCUCUAGUGGUACUUCGCCUCCUGGGUCCGGUGCUGCUUCGCCGCGUGGCGCUCUGCCGACUGAGAAGCGAAUUGUUAUUCGCGGGAAGACAAGGGGUGAGACGCUUCUCGACGUUUGUCUUGGGGAGAAUGCUUUUGAAAGGAUUGCCAGGACGGGUAUUGCGCUUUCGAUUCGGGGGGAGAGUGAGGAUGCGGCUGUUGCGCAGAAGGGGGGUGUUGCGAAUGGGUCUGGGAAGAUCUUUAUGAUUCAGAUGAAGAGUGAGGCGGAGGCGGCUUAUACUUUUGGACUUGUUGGGAAAUUAAGGUAUUGA